AUGAGUAAUUGUUGUUGUAUUAAUUUUACAAGAGCAGCAACAACACUAGUAUCCAUUCCGAAAUGUAGUAAUGCAACUGGAGGUGAAAUUAUUGUGGACGAUAUUAGUGAGUGUGUACAGUAUGAUCCGAAUACACCUCUUGUUCCUUGUUUAUUAGUUCCUAAUGAAUUUAGAGUUUGUGAUUUUCCAUUGACAUCUCCAAGUGCAAGUAUUCCAACUUGUGCCUAUGAAGAAUUUAUUGCACAGAAUGGAGCUUUUCAAAAUAAUACCAAGUAUGGAUAUGCUAAUUGUACUGUUCUCGCUAGUAUUGAAUGUGUGGGACCAAGAUCAUGGCAUCAACUAUUUCCAUGUAAAACUAUUUAUUCAAAUUUCCAAUUUGUGACAGCUUUGGUAUUGUCUGUAUUUGCUGGAAUUUUUGGAGCUGAUCGUUUCUAUUUACAGCAUAUUGUUUUAGGUGUUAUUAAAUUAUUGACACUUGGAGGGGUUGGAGUUUGGUGGAUUGUCGAUAUAGGUCUCCUAGUUGCAGGUAUCAUUGUUCCAGCCGAUGGUAGUAGUUGGCAACAAUAUUAUUAA